AUGGACAAUUGUUAUUUAGCGCAGAACUGGGGGAACUUCAACUCUUCGACCACUCAGGCUGAUAUUGAGAACAAGACCGCGACCAUCGAGGAGAUCCACUCUGACGAGUCCGACAACGAGCAGGCCCCCUCUGCCUCGUCCCGCGUCCAGUCCCGUGGCGAGAUCAAGGCCCGCAAGGCCCUCUCCAAGCUCGGUCUCCAGAAGGUCAAGGGUGUCACCCGUGUCACCGUCCGCCGCUCCGGUGCCCCCAUCUUGGCCAUUGCCCAGCCCGAUGUCUUCAGAUCCUUGAACUCGGACACCUACAUCGUCUUUGGCGAGGGUCAGACCGAGGACAUGAACAGCUUGCAGGCCCAGCUCCAGGCUGCCCAGGACGUCCUCAAGGAUGGCGCUGAGACCAACGCCGCUGAGGUCGAUGACUCUGCUGCCGCCGAGGAUGAGGAGGAGGUCGAUGAGGAGGGUGUCAGCAAGGAGGAUAUUGAGCUCGUCAUGAACCAGGCCAACACCACCCGCUCCAAGGCCGUCAAGGCCUUGAAGGCCCACAACAACGACAUUGUGAACGCCAUCAUGGAGCUCACCAUGUAA